AUACCGUACAGGCGGGGUUAUCUACUUCACGGGCCCCCCGGGACGGGCAAGACUUCGCUCUCGCUCGCGCUUGCAGGCCAGUUCAAGCUUGACCUCUACGUGCUGAGCAUGUCUGCAGUCAUUGGGGACACAGCCCUGAGCAGCAUGUUCAAUGCCCUGCCGCUCCGCUGCAUUGUGCUCCUCGAGGACAUCGAUGCCGUGGGGAUGAGAAGGGAGGCCGUCUCUGACCAGGGCAGCGAUGAGCAGGGGAAGAGCGAACAAAGGCCUCUUGGCAGGAUGAUGCCGCAUCCUCAUGGAAAUGCGACGGGCGGCUCGCGUGGCAAUUGCACACUCUCGGGACUGCUCAAUGUGCUGGAUGGCGUGGCCUCCCAGGAGGGCCGGAUCGUCCUCAUGACGUCAAAUGAUCCCGAUGGUCUGGACGAAGCGCUCCUGAGGCCUGGCCGGGUCGACCGCAGAUACUACCUUGGGCACAUGAAGCGGCCGGCGAUAGAGGCCAUGUUUCUGCGCAUGUUUGAGCCCGAGACUCCGGCUGACGAUGUUGAGAAGUCUGCGGGAACUGACAAGGACAGUCCCCCUACGGAGGACGAUGGAAGCAUCUCGGAGACGAUGCGCAGCAGGGAAAAGUCCCAGGAGCUAGGCGACGAGAUACUACUGAGCGAAGUUGAAGCAUCACUAGCGAGGCAGGAGGUCCUGGCAGAGCAAGCUCGCGAGUUUGCGGCCAUGGUGCCAGAAGGGCGGUUCACCCCAGCAAAACUACAAGGGUACCUGCUCAUGCACAGCGAAUCGGCUGCCAAGGCCAUUCGGGAGUUGCCAGCGUGGAUCGAGGAAGACGCGCGCGACCGGGAGAGAGCCCAGGCGAAACAAGACGCAGCACGCGGCGCGAGUUCCCCUCGCCCAUCAGAUGGGGUGACGAAUGGAACCGAUACCGCCACUGGGCGUGAUCCUGCAAGGGCCGCAAACCCGUCGAAGACUACACAGAAAGCAGUAUUGAAUGGUUUUUUGCAAGAAGAUGGCACGCGGGUGAACGGGACUCAUUAGCCCUCGAUCGAUCUUUGCCGAGUGGCCGUUACACUAUUUGGCAGCUAGAGUAAAGGAUCGAGCAUCAGAGCGCUCGGCUUCCUGACCGCGUAAGAUAGAAGAAUUGAAGUUUCCACCGUUGGUCACCACUAUUUUCGGCGUAAAACCCCCGGGGCCUACGUGGGAAGCAGAUGAAAGGGCCAUUGACUUGAUUCAAACCACAGGUUCGAAACAAAGGCGAGGUCGGUGAGGC